AUGUCUUCGAGUAGCUUUAUGAGUUCAUAUAUUAAUCAAGAAUAUGAUGGGGUUCAAAUGGAAAAGAAUGAUGAUGAAGCAGCAAGUGAGGAGCCUGAAUUGGAGAAUAGAGAGAAUGUGCAAGAGCCUCAAGUUGGGAUGACUUUUAAGAACAUUGAUGAGAUAGUUGUCUAUUAUAGAGAAUAUGGGAAGCAAUUAGGGGUGAGGAAGAGAACAUCACAAAAGGGAGAUGAGGGAGAAUUGAAAUAUGUGACUAUUUCAUGUGGUCGAGAAGGCAAAUAUAAAAGUAAAUCAAGUAAUGUCCUAAAGCCACAUCCAAGUACUAAAACUGGUUGCAAAGCUAGAGUAAGAGCAGGUAAACUCUUAGAUGGAAGGUGGCAGAUCAACUCUGUCAAGCUUGAUCAUAACCAUGAUAUGAGUCCAACCAAGGCUCGUUAUUUUCGAUGUCAUCGAACAAUGAGUUCAUAUAUGAAAAGGAGGAUUGAGUUCAAUGAUAUAGCUGGAAUAAGGUUAAACAAGAGCUAUAAUUCAUUAGUGGUUGAAGCUGGGGGCCAUGAGAAUAUCUCCUUUUUGGAAAAGGAUUGUAGGAAUUAUAUUGAAAAUGUGAGACGAUUACGGCUCGGGGAAGGCGAUGCUACUGCAAUCCAAACUUCUUUUCUGAAUAUGCAAGCUCAAAAUUCAAAAUUCUUCUAUGCAAUUGAUUUAGAUCAAGAUGGUCGAUUAAGAAAUGUAUUUUGGGCAGAUGCAAGAAGUAGGGCAGCAUAUGAGGAAUUUGGAGAUGUUACAUUUGAUACAACCUACUUGACAAAUAAGUAUGACAUGCCAUUUGCUCCAUUUGUAGGGGUAAAUCAUCAUGGGCAAUCAAUUUUACUUGGAUGUGGGCUGAUUUCAAGUGAAGAUACUGAUACUUUUAUUUGGUUGUUUAAGUCUUGGCUUGCAUGUAUGCAUGGGCACGCUCCUAGGGGAAUAAUUACUGAUCAAGAUAAAGCCAUGAAAAGUGCCAUUGAGAUUAUUUUUCCUAAUACUAGACAUCGUUGGUGCUUGUGGCACAUAAUGAACAAGUUUCCUAGUAAGUUGAACCGUUACAAGCAAUAUGAAUCUAUUAUGUAUGCCUUGCAAAGUAUUGUGUGUGGCUCAUUGGAGAAGGUUGAGUUUGAAGAAGGUUGGGAUAAAAUAAUUGAGAAAUAUCAGUUACAAGACAAUGAAUGGUUGGCUGGACUAUAUAAUGAGAGACAACGUUGGGUGCCAUGCUUUGUGAAAGAUAGUUUUUGGGCAGGAAUGUCAACCACACAACGAAGUGAAAGUAUGAAUGCAUUUUUUGAUGGCCAUGUAAAUUCCAAGACUACUUUAAAACAGUUUGUGGAGCAAUAUGAAAAUGCAUUGAAAGUUAAGGUGCAAAAGGAGAAGCAAGAAGAUUUUAAGUCUUCAUCCAUUGGUUUUGAUUGCGGAACUCAUUAUAACAUGGAGAAACAAGCUCAAGAGGUUUACACUAUUUCCAAAUAUAAAGAAUUCCAUGAUGAGUUAAUAGGCAAAAUGUAUUGCGACUAUGUUUCACAUAAAGUGAAUGGUGCAAAUUUUGAGUACCAAAUAUCUGAGGAUUUUAUGAUAGAGGGGAAAAAAAAAAAAGAGGCUUUAUUUCAAGGUUUGGCUUAA